UGGUGGUGAGUGUGUCUCGCGCUUGCCUCACCUGGAAAUUUCAGUCACUCGCACACGGCUAAGGAACGCACGCCGUUUGAAAAGAUCUAUUCAUAUACAUACAUAUAUACUGCUGAUCCCUAAGCCGAUCCUCCGAUGAAAACCCGCCAGCUGCCGGCGACCAUGACGACGGCCUCGUUCCGGGCCAAGCAGCGGGAUGCGGGCGGGAGGCUGGGCGGGAUCGGAAUGCCCUGCGAGCGGGAGCGGAAGCACGAGGCCGCCAAGCGGGAGCUGGAGGAGCAGCAGAAGCGGGAGCGUGCCUUGGCGGCGGUGGCAGCGGCGGCGCAACGGGUGCGCCUGCACAAUCGAAGGAUGGGAGCCAUCGAGGCGAAUCUCGCGAAGAACAGGAGGAUGCCGCUCGCCAAGGGGAUCACCAGGAAUGCGGGACUGGGAGGAGGACCAAAAGUCACUGCAGGAAUCAGAACAGUCGGAAUUUACACGGGAAGACUGGUACAAAAAGCAGCUCCUGCAAAUCAAGUUCAGAAGAGGGAACCGGAUGAGUACGAUAUCAAGGCCGAUCGCCUGAGACAACAGCUGGAGGAGCUGGCCGGCUUGUCGGAACCGGAGUUCGAGGUGAAGUUCCGCCAGUGGCUGGACCAGGAGGGGAUUGCCCGGGAAAUGCACUCGCACCUUCGCGUGGAACUCAUUCACUGCUUCAAUAACACGGCUCUGGGUCAGCUCUUGAGCAAGGCCGCCGGAGUGCAGAUGGCCCACUCGCACUCGCUGCUCCUCUCGCCGCUGGCGGUGACCCUGCACACCCUGGUGGCGGAGUUCCUGCACUCCCAGAACUGCCACUUCAGCCUGUCGGUCUUCUGCAGCGAGACGCCGCAUCGCAACCGACUGCCCGACUUCCGCAGGCGUCCGGAGUUCCGGUUCCGCGAGGAGGAACUGCAGCAGGUGCUGACCGCCGUGCUGGGCGGCGAGGAGACGCCACCGGACGCGGAACUAACCCAGAUAGCCUGGGCCCACUACGAGGAGGACCUGGCUGGCCAGACGCAGUGCCUGCUGAUGGCCCUCAUGCGAUCCCUGGUGGAGAUCAGGAGACCUGUCCAGCAGGAAAAGGAAAAGGAGAAGGAGAAGGAGAAAGAGGAGGAGCAGCAGCCCGUACCCGUUUCCAUGCAGGAUUCCGGCUGUCAAACGGAGCCUUCCGCCUGCCUGGAAGUCCGUCCCGGUGUGGACACCUCCAAACUCUACCAGGCGGAGGAGAACGAGCUGAUCCUGGGCGCCGACGGACGCAGUGUCUUCGUGGGCGGCCGCGUCUCUCAGUCGCUGCACACCGUGGAGCAGAAGAUGAAUCAGCUGAUGAAGAACCUCCGGCAGGUGGCGAAGACCUGUGCUCCGCCCAUCGAGGUGAUGCCCACCACCAGGUUGGAGGAUCUGCUGCGGCGGGAGCUGCGCGAAAGGGAGCGCCUCCUAAAGACCGGCAUUGGCUUCGAUCCCGCCAAGACAGCUAUUAAGCUGGCGAAGCCCGUGGAGAGGGAGAACACGGUGGCCUGUGCAGGGAACCCGAACGAUGAGGUGGUCGAGUCCGAGGUGGGACCCAUUCGCCUGCCCGUCCUGGAGGUGGCCCUGCCCCGACUGCCCUACCUCCAGGAGGAGCAGUUGGCCAGCCUGGCCGUGAUCCGACAGUCCGUGGAGAAGGCCCAUAGGAAAUCCAUCCAGCCGCAGGGCAGAAUGUAUGUGUCCAUGGAGCGCAUUGAGACCCUCAUGGGCGACGUUUGCCUCUGCGUCCAGCUGCUGGGCAACCUGCUGAACCUCUGCAUGGAGCAGGAGCAUGCCGUGGGCAUGCACAAGGGCUUCAAGGCGGGCUAUCGCGAGGGUUUCGGCCACGGGCACUACAUGGGUCGCCAGGAGGGUCAGAAGCAGGAGCAGUUCGACCAGCGGAAGAGGGACAAGGAGAGGCCACCGCCGCCCGAGUUGCGGGAAAGCGCCGUCCAAGUGGAGGCCAAGCCACCGGCCGUCGCCAGUAGGGGCACCCAAACCUCGAGAAGAUCGACGCACCAUGGGAAUGCCCACACCCAGACGAGCAGGAGGCACCUCAGGGACGCCUCCAAUCAGGCCAAUCUGCCGCCGGAGUCGUCGCAUAAGUCCUACGAACAGUGGAUCAACGAGAUGCUGCACACCUCCAAUGGCCAGCUGUUCCUCGAACGGGUCGAACUCUCCCUUGUCAAGGCUCUGGAGCUGCAGAAGGCGCGGCUGGACGAGCUCUUCCAGGUGAAGCUGCGCCAUCAGGCCGAGAUGCUCCGGCUGAGCAGGCGGCAGAACUCCUGGCGGACGCUGUGCAAACGAGUGGAGGAGGAUUCGCAAUCGUCGACGGAGGCACGGGAACUGGUGCAGAAGAUCUUCCGGCUGCUGGAGCACUACGAGACGCACCACCAGCAGCUGACGGAGAAGAUCCAGGAGACGGAACUGGCGGCGGAGCAGGCGGCUCGCUUCCUGCCCCUGUGGACGGACGGAGAUGGCGAUGGUGAUGACGCUUCCAGGAACUGGAACUCCGCGGCGUCGACCACGACCACUUCGCCCACCAAUGGAGAACCCGACUCGGCUCCUCCGCCUAAGAAAGUUGGCUUUCAAUUCCUUGCACUUGGUCCUCCAGGUGGAAUACCAGUUGCAGGCGCUGUUGUGUCAGUGAGUCGUCGCCUCUCCGUCCAUUUUGCAGCGGAUCCUGUCCAGCCUCCGGCGCCGAUCAUCAAGUCAAAAGCGCCGGUACCACCUGUUAACAUUCCCGCAGGAUCUGGCAGUGAUCUCCCAAAACCCAGCGAUACCAAAACUUCUAGUUCCCGAAAAAAUUCAGCUGAAAACAUUCCCAAAGAUCCUGCUGAUCCGAGAGGUGGUGCCUCUGCUCCUCCACCAGUGCCUGCUCCUCGGGAUCGCCCAACGCCUGUGGUCCCUGCUGUGCCCUCCACUGCAUCCAUCUCACCUCCAACUAAGCCAUCUACCGGAUUACCAGCAGAACCUCCUGCUCCUUCUGCUCCUCCGAAGCCUUCAAUGCACUCCGUGGCCACCAAUACGAUGGCUCCUGUGCCACUGAAAUUGGCACCACUCAAGCCAUCUUCUAGAAAAUCACCAAAAGGUCCAAGCUUCGAGGAGGCUCUGCAAAGUGCCAAAAAGCGCAUGCUGCAGCUGGAACAGGAGAGCGACCUGCUGGAACACAGUUUCCUCACCUACCUGGACAAGGCAAAGGCCAAGACAUCUGGCCACAAGUCCAAGGAGGAGCCCCCGAAAACCCGAAGGAUUCGCUCCAGUUGCCUGCGCGAACGGGAGCAGAUGAGCCGCACCCUGGACGGCUUUCGGGAUUGGCAUCGGCGGGUGCGCAAGGAGGAUGUAGCCAGUCUGGCCCAGCUGGAGGAGCUGCAGCAGCAGCGUGUUAUACCCGGUGCCAUGUUGGACUCCAAGGUCUCCUCGCCGCUGUGGCUGUCUGAACUGGAGGAGGGUCACGAGCAGGACAGCUAUCCCUUCACGAACGCCAUCUCCGAGGCGAGGAACAAGCUGCUGGGCAGGAUUAUGCCGGAGGCGGGGGAUUGGCUGGCGGGUCUGCCAUCGAAGCUGCCGGAUGCCCCGAGUCCCGUCAAGCCGCCGGAACUCACUGCCGAUCUCACGGGCAGCAGCAGCAAUGGUGAGAUAACCCUGCUCCUCCAGCGGGCCAAGGAAGCCCUGGGCCUGCAGACGCCACAUCCGCUCCUGGACAGCAGUAGCAGCAGCAGCAGCAGUGGCAGUUCCAACCUGGGAUUGCCCUCCUUGGGGGCCGGCAAGUCACCGAAUACGAAGCUCCAGCAGUCCAUGGCCAAGAUGCAGCUGCUCUUUGGCGGAGUGGAUCCGAUUAAACCAGCCGCUAACUCAAUCCCAACCAGACGAGCGGACCGACCUGUGAGUGCACCCAUCGCAGGAUCGGGAACGGGGUUGGUGGAGAGCCUGGUGCUUCCACAACGCCCUCACACGGCGCCCACUCUUCACACAAUCAGCGAACAGGUGGAACCACCCAUUCUCCAGCUGGAUGUCUCCACGUCCAGCUCCUCGCAGAGCAGCCUGCCCGGCAGAACGGCGGGCGAAGCUUUCGAGGAUCUGGUCGCCAGCGCAGUGGUUGGUGGCCAGCGCCUGAACGCGGAAUCCAGCCAGGAAGUCUCCUACAGCCAGGCCUUCUGGAAACGCAUGAAUCUGUGAGAUAUACCAGGAAAGAAUCUAAAAGAUAUGUUGAAAAAGUACACUUGUAUAUAUAGUUAGUGCAUUGAAAUAUAGAAUAU